UUGUUGUGAUUCGCGUAUACGUAGUAGUGAUGCGGAAAGAGCGCGUGAUUCUGAACACUGUUCGCGACCUACCUUUUUUGAAUUCAGGAUGCUUCAUGAAGGUUUCGGGUCUCGUGAUUUCUUCAUUGCUUCUGAGUCCUAAGCGACGCUGAAUGUUUUGUUUUAUAAUAAUCAAGUUAAAAUGUAUAUCGGAUUAUUCGAUAUAUGGAAACGAAUUUUGCAGAGUCUGGGUUUGAUACCUCCUGUCAAUUCGAGGUAUAUUCUGAAGGAUGAUCAGCAGCUUUCCCAGAACAGGGUUAAGCCUCCAGAAUUUGAUAGUGCCAAUCAAGUCCGUGUUCUACUAUUUCGAGAAGUCAAUGGGCAGGACAGAAAACUUUUAUUUGAUUCAAAGGCAGUACGGAAGCGGGAUCCUUUGGCAUCCCCCUCCCUUGGGAAGCCUCCUACUGGAGCCAAUGUCAGGAGAAGGCAAGAAAGUAGUAUUGAAAAAUCAUUUAAGUUAAAUGAGAACCAAAGCAGAGAAUAUGUUUACGAAUGGCAUAAAUCUAAUCCAGAUCAGUCACUCUUGAGAGAAAUGAUCUUUGGAGCUGUAUCUAUAUCGUAUCAUGGCACUACAAUGAAAAUUCAUACUAUUAGGUCACCAUCACAGAUAAUGCUUAGUGUUGUCUUUCCUGCACCGCUUCUUCCUCCAAGUUCUCGAAAUGGUGAGAAUGAAACUGAAGAAUCUGGAACUUGGAAUUCAUCUGUUGAAGUAAAUAUUGACAAAUCUGCAGAAAAAAAUGAUCAUUUAGCUCAUAGUGUUCCUGUCAAUGUACCUAGUCGUUUAUCUGGUCAUUAUAUUGAAUCAAGGGAUAGCGAUUCAGAUUCCCUCCAAUCUCAUGAUGGUCAUAGCAGUCUUCCUACAACUCAUCUUUCUCCUGAACGUCCCACAGCAGGUCUUCCACGUUCCAGUAGUUAUAACAGUUUGCAGAGGCGGAUUUUAAGGAACAAAGCAACUAGUAUAGAAAUGGGUUUAUCAAAAUCUCAUGAAAUGACACCCAAUGAACCAGUAUAUGGCACAUCGGGAAAUCAAAGGCAAAAACAAGAGAGGAUCAAGCUUGGAUUGUCUAUUGUUAUUAAUUUGAAAGAAGAUGAAAACAGCCCUGAAAACAAGCAUUUCACGGAUUUCUUCUUCACUCACAUAUCGCUAAUUGAAGGUCAUUUAAUGGAACUAAAAGACACAGUUAUCCGAGGAUACAUUAAUCGAAGAAUUUUUGUACAUUUAAUGUUUGAAGGCUCCAAACUAUUCCAAAGAUGCUUACAUGACUUGUUCACUGCCCCUCGCCUGCAGAAUCCAGAGUGGCUUACCAUAAUCUCAUCUCCUAAUCAUCGUCAUUUAAGUUAUGCAUUCUUGGAAAGAUUCUCUAAACUUUUGAGGCAGUUUGAUAAAAAGGAAACAAAUUUCUUUGUGAGUACUCUGUUAACAGCUGUACUUACUCAUCAUUUAUCAUGGGUUCCUUCUGUUAUUCCUACUGACUCUAAAAUACAGUCUACUCAGUCCAGUCAUAAGCAUGUACCAUAUUGGGUGGAUUUGUUAGCUAAGUCAAGACCUUAUAAUCCUUUGUGGGUGCAAUUAAGUGAUUUGUAUGGAGCUCUUGGGGUUCCACUUCGGCUGACAAAAACUGUUAUAAGAGGGCAAAAGAGAGAAGUAAUCCAAAAUUUUUUAAGAGUCCUCAGCUAUUUCAUUCGCUGUAGUGACAUCUGCCAAAAAGAAUUUGAUAGAGCAGAAGAAUUUUGUUCUGAGAAUGAUUGCCUAAGUGCUAGGUCACCAACUCUUCCAGUGUCUUGCAAUGCCUUGAAGACCGACACCAAAGUCACAAUAUCAACUGCUAGCAGUUGUAGUACCACAACUGAGAAACUCUCUCCUCCUACAAUUGUCUCUGAAGUUUGUCUUCCACAAAACUUGCUUUUACCUCAAACAAACACUGCCUCCCUCGAUGCCGAUUGUGCCUCCCAUUCCUCUAAAGAUACCUGUGACCUAACCAUAACUCCAACUGAGGAUAGGACUCCAGAGGAAAAUCCUAGUAUUACUACCCAUUCUGUAUUAGUUCCUAAUGGCCCCUAUGAGUCAGUGAAGCCUUCUGCAUUGGACAGUUUGGGCUACAUGAGCCUUGAGGAGAAAAUGGAGGUCAUAAACCCUUCAAAGCGCCAAGCUCUUAAAGAGCAGCCUUCAAACUGUUGCUUGGAGAUUGGAAAUACAAACUCUAGUGUGUGUGCCAUGAAAGAAGGAAAGGAGAAUGAUCCUUCAACAAGAACAGUUUGUGCAAAAGAUAACCAGAACUGUGUUUGUCGAUCUUCUAAAUCAAAGGCAGGUUCUAGUAGUAAAGAUUACCUUUCUGCUGAUGAUCAGCAGUGUAGCAUUUUAUGUACCAAAGAUACUACACUUUCCUGUUCCAAAGUGAAAGAGUGUGAAUCUAUUGAAGAAGGUUACCACAGUAUGGAAGAACCGCACAGUCCAAGUCGUGACAACCACUUGAGUGAGAUGCUGAAGCGACUGGAAAACUGGUGUCCAGAAGGAUGUGAUGGAAUGCCUCUUCCAGGGCUUCAGCAACUCGGAGAAGAUAUGGAGCCAUCUCCUUACAAGAGUUUAGGCUGGUCACUUAUGGCAGAUGUUUCAGAUCAUUAUUCAUCAGAUUUCUGCUUGCAAGGCAUAUGUGGGCCAAUUCGAGAAGAUGAAAUUCAAAGGGAUCUUCUUCGGAAAACCCAAAUUCAUAUAUUGGGUGAACCUGCCUCAGAAGCAUUAUGCAUUGUUGCAGAUACAGAUAACUGGACGGUUCAACUUUUGUCUAGCCAUUUUAUGGGAUGUGAAAUUCCAGGAAAUCUUGGAACUACAAUUGCCAUGUCAUCUUUAGUGAGUGGAAUUUGUGAUUCCAUCAUGAACAUGGUUGAAUUAGGGAUCCCUCCAGAAUCUUGUAUCAUAUAUUUGGAAGAUAGGCUACAGGAACUUUACACACGCAGCCAGACUUUGGCCGAUUACGUUCGAAGUUGUCGGUUUCCUGUUCCCCAGGCAAGAAUUGCAAGCGCACUGAAUGUUGAUGUCAGCGAUUUGCCACUUUUGAUGUCCAUUGCCACAACACAUUCACCUAAUUUAUCUGUAUAUAAUCGGUGAUUCUGCGUUAUUUAUUGUGUAUGAGUGCUAUAACUUCUGAAGGUGUUAAGAAGUGAAACAAAGAUUGAGCUAAACAGAUAACUUUUGAUAACACCCCAAAACUUUCUUGGGUAGUAUGAAUUACCCUUAUGAAUAAAGAUAUAUAUGCAUUUAUUUAUCAAAAAAUUAUUUGGUAACAAAUGAAAAAUGAUAUUCUAUUAUUGAUUGGUAUUUGCUCAUUAGGUAUCCAAUUUUCCUUGUUAUAUAUAUAACAGAAUAAAAAUCUGAUUAAAGUAUUUUAAUAAAGUUAAGGAAGUAGACUUGCCAAUAUACGUAAACUGUAUCUAAGUUUUAUAAAGUGAUAUUUUUGUUAAAUAAUAUGUUAAAUUUUAUUGUAGUUUCCUAAUAUUCUUUGAAACAUUUGGGAAUUUGCUUAUAAGAUUAGUGAAUACUUAUUAUACAACUAUUGCAUUGAAAUAAAUUAUCUGAAAUUUUUUUUUCUUCCGGUAUAGAAUAAUAAAAUAAAAAUUAUAUAUUUUGCUAAAUGUGCAGCAAGGACUGUUAAGUCUGCUUAUUGUACUUUUAUUAUGGUCCGUAUAAGUCAGAUCAUGUAAUUUUAAAAAAUAAAUUUCCUUCCAUGAAUUAUUGAGUAUUUGAAACAUAAGUAGCAAAGAAUUAAUUAUUUUAUUUCAGUGCAAUAUCUUGCAGUAUUUGUUGCUUUAUUUAUAGCAAAUUUUCAACUUGUUGAUAAGAUUUGAAAGUAUGAUUGUUUUAUUUAAAAGGUGUUUGAGUGUUAUAGAAUCGGUGUUCUUGCUUUUAACACCUACGUUGCUUAUUUUGGUUCGAUUCCUGUCAUGCUCAUUUGUGAAUAUUUUCAUUACAUUCCAGAUAUUUACAAACAUAGCUGCACGAAAAAGUCUUUUGAGCGAUUGUAGACACAUGGAUAUAUAUAUAUUUGCAUAUUGAAUGCAAGUACUUUGAAAUUCUUUAUCAUCAUACAUUAGUGUACAUUAUUGUGUUUCAAAAGUUUUCUAUAUCCAUUUUCUAGUGUGAGUGCGCAUGUAUAUUUUUAAAAAUUUGGAAAUCUAUUUUUGCUCUAUUGUGCCUGUUAUGUGUUGUGACGACUUGUAUUGCUUUAGUGUUUUUGUACAUAACUUUGUUUUUGAAUAUAUAAAAAUGAGUAUUUCUAUCGGGAGAGAAUUUUAAUUACAUAAUGAUAUGGUUGUGCACUUUUCAUACUUUCAUGUCAAGUUAUGUGAUGUAAUUUACUCAGUUCUUUUUUUUAAAACUUUAUUUAUGCAUAUCAGGAUAUCUAAUACUCAGUGUUGUAUAUUCUGUUUUUGGAGAGAAUUUUAUUUAAAAAGGUUGCAAGGAGAAUCUGAUAAAUUAUUUUUGACAAUAUAUAAAUUUGUUGAGAGUAUAUGUAAAUAUAUGGAGUAUUUCCUUUGAAGUUGUAAAAAAUGUAGAAAAAUGUUUUUUUUAUGAGUUGUGAUGCUGUUUUCUGUGGCCAAGAGAACACUAUACAGAUUAAUUCAGAAAUGUAUUAAAUUAAGAAGGUAAAUGCAUCCUCUUAGAAUGCUUUAGAUGUUGAAUUUAAAAAAAAUAUACACUUUCGUUCUUGUUCCUACUGUUGAUUUGCUAAAAAGAAUAAUAAUUCAUAUAUACAUUUUGCAUUAUAGAAGUCCUUUCGAACAAAUAGUUAUCUAGAAAUUUCUACAAUUUUAUAUAAAUAAUAAGCUGUUUUAUUUUCUUUGGUGAAAGUGCAUCUUGCAGUCAUUUUCAUCAUAGAGAAUCUUUUUAAAAUCGAUUCUCUUGGCCAUAGACUUUCAUAGUAUAAUAUUUAAACUUUCGAUUAGCUUUUUUACAACAAUGCCACUGUGAAACUGCCUCGAAUGUGACAUGUCUAAAUUAAAUCUGUAAAUAUUGAACAUAUUUUGAUCAAGUUUCAGAAAGAAAUAUAUUUAUGUAUUUUUUCCUUUAAAUAUGUCUUGAAUUGUAUCUAGUUGUCGGGUUUUGAGAGAAUCUGUUUUAUUUAUUUUUGAGAAUAAAACUAUUUGUGAAACGUA